GUGGCCUGGUGCGAGCUGCAGGACCGCAAACUGAGCAAGGCGGAGCAGCAGCGCUUCAAGGAGGAGGCCGAGAUGCUCAAGGGGCUGCAGCACCCAAACAUCGUCCGCUUCUACGACUCCUGGGAGUCCUCGCUCCGCGGCAAGAAAUGCAUCGUCCUCGUCACCGAGCUCAUGACCUCGGGCACCCUCAAGACGUACCUGAAGAGGUUCAAGGUGAUGAAGCCCAAGGUGCUGCGGAGCUGGUGCCGGCAGAUCCUGAAGGGGCUGCAGUUCCUGCACACGCGGACGCCGCCCAUCAUCCACCGCGACCUGAAAUGCGACAACAUCUUCAUCACCGGCCCCACGGGCUCCGUCAAGAUCGGCGACCUGGGGCUGGCCACGCUCAUGCGCACGUCCUUCGCCAAGAGCGUCAUCGGGACCCCCGAGUUCAUGGCCCCCGAGAUGUACGAGGAGCGCUACGAUGAGUCCGUGGACGUUUACGCCUUCGGGAUGUGCAUGCUGGAGAUGGGAACGUCCGAGUACCCCUACUCCGAGUGCCAGAACGCCGCGCAGAUCUACCGCAAAGUCACCAGCGGCAUCAAGCCGGCGAGUUUCCACAAGGUGUCGGACCCCGAGGUGAAGGAGAUCAUCGAGGGCUGCAUCCGGCAGAACAAGGCUGAGAGGCUGUCCAUCCGGGACCUGCUGGAGCACGCCUUCUUCGCCGAGGACACCGGGCUGCGCGUGGAGCUGGCCGAGGACGACGCGGGGCUGGAGCCGGCGCUGGCGCUGCGCCUCUGGGUGGAGGACCCCAAAAAACUCAAGGGGAAGCACAAGGACAACGAGGCCAUCGAGUUCAGCUUCAACCUGGAGGCCGAUGUCCCCGAGGAGGUGGCCCACGAGAUGGUGAAAUCCGGGUUCUUCCACGAGAGCGACUCCAAGGCCGUGGCCAAAUCCAUCCGGGACCGGCUGGCGCUGGUGAGGAAGACGAGGGAGAGGAAGCAGGCGGAGGUCAGGGGGGGCCCCGAGAUCCGGGGGGGCCCCGAGAGCGAGGACACCGAGGUGGAUCAGCACGUGAGGCAGCAGCUGCUGCGGGAGCAGCCCCCGCCCGGCCCUGCCGAGGGGCUCCAGGACAACGCCCCCCCCCCGGAUGUCCCCGGUCCCCGCGGUGUCACCGGGGCACCGGAGCAGCUCUGGGGGCACCCACAGGGACCCCAGGACGGGCUGACCCCCCCCGUGGCACCCCCGGUGAGCCAGGCCAGCGAGGGGACAGCGGAGGAUGGCACCGGGGGAGCCACCACCGAGCCACCGGCGCCCGAGGGAGACCCCCGGGGAGGGGGGGGUGGGGACAGGGGGGACACAGCCACAGGUGGCACCGGGGGCACCGGGGCCGGGGGUGGCACCGGGAGGGGUGGCAGGGGUGGCACUGCCAGCAGCAGGGGUGGCACUGCCAGCAGUGGGGGUGACAGUGGCUCCUGGAGUGCCACCAGCCCAGGGAGUGCCACCAACCCAGGGGAUGCCACCAACCCAGGGAGUGCCACCAACCCAGGGGAUGCCACCAGCCCAGGGGGUGACAGUGGCUCCUGGAGUGCCACCAACCCAGGGGGUGCCACCAACCCAGGGGGUGCCACCAACCCAGGGGGUGCCACCAGCCCUGGGGGUGUCACCAGCGCAGGGGAUGCCACCAGCCCUGGGAGUGCCACCAGCCCAGGGGGUGGCAGUGGCUCCUGGAGUGCCACCAAACCAGGGGGUGCCACCAACCCAAGGAGUGCCACCAACCCAAGGGGUGACAGUGGCUCCUGGAGUGCCACCAAACCAGGGAGUGCCACCAACCCUGGGGAUGCCACCAACCCAAGGAGUGCCACCAGCCCAGGGGGUGCCACCAACUCAAGGAGUGCCACCAACCCUGGGAGUGCCACCAACCCAGGGGAUGCCACCAACUCAAGGAGUGCCACCGGCCCAGGGGGUGACAGUGGCUCCUGGAGUGCCACCGGCCCAGGGGGUGCCACCAACCCUGGGAGUGCCACCAAACCAGGGAGUGCCACCAGCACUGGGAGUGCCACCAACCCUGGGGCCCAGGGGGUGCCACCACAGCCGGUCCCCACCGUGCAGCCACCGCUGGUGCCGGGGAUGGCGCCGGUGCUGGCGAUGGCACCGCUGUCCGUCGUGCCACCGGUCAUGGCGGUGUCACCGGCCCCGGAGAUGCCACCAGCGCCAUCCCCGAUGCCACCAGCACAAGGGAUGCCACCUCCACCCGUGAUGCCACCGGUCAUGGCGGUGUCACCGGCCCCAGGGGUGCCAGCACCCUCCAUGAUGCCACCAGCCUCAGAGAUGCCACCACCAGCCGUGGUGAUGCCACCACCCCUGGGGGUGCCACCAGCCCAAGGGAUGCCAGCUCCACCCGUGAUGCCACCGGCCCCAGAGAUGCCACCACCAUCCCCAAUGCCACCAGCCAUGGGGAUGUCCCCAGAGAUGCCACCACCAUCCAUGAUGCCACCAGCCAUGGGGAUGUCCCCAGAGAUGCCACCACCAUCCAUGAUGCCACCAGCCAUGGGGAUGUCCCCAGCUCCAGAGAUGCCACCACCCUCCCCAAUGCCACCAGCCAUGGGGAUGUCCCCAGCCCCAGAGAUGCCACCACCAUCCCCGAUGCCACCAGCCAUGGGGAUGUCCCCAGAGAUGCCACCACCAUCCAUGAUGCCACCAGCCAUGGGGAUGUCCCCAGAGAUGCCACCACCCUCCCCGAUGCCACCAGCCAUGGGGAUGUCCCCAGAGAUGCCACCACCAUCCAUGAUGGCACCAGCCAUGGGGAUGUCACCGGCCCCAGAGAUGCCACCACCCUCCCCAAUGCCACCAGCCAUGGGGAUGUCCCCAGAGAUGCCACCACCAGCCAUGGGGAUGUCCCCAGAGAUGCCACCACCAUCCCCGAUGGCACAGCCCCCGCUGUUCCCCGGCCCCGAGGACCCCUCCCUGCUGCGCGUCCCCGAUGUCCCCGAGGCGCCGCGUCCCCGGCAGCGCCGCGCGUCGUGCCAGCGCCCCGCCCGCUUCCAGCUCACCGUGCUGCAGGUGUCCUCGGCUGGGGACAACACGGUGGAGUGCCAGCUGGAGACCCACGACAGCAAGAUGGUCACCUUCAGGUUCGACGUGGACGGGGACGCGCCCGAGGACAUCGCCUGCUACAUGGUCGAGGACAAUUUUCUGCUGGAGGGGGAGCGGGACAAGUUCGUGGAGGAGCUCAAGGCCAUCGUGGCUCAGGCCCGGGAGCUGCUCGGGACCCCCGGCCCGGACCCCCAGGUGGGACCCCCGGAGCCGGCAGCGGGGGCAGGGGAAGGACCCCCCCAAUCGUCACCCGUGGGGCGCUGGAGGUUCUGCAUCAACCAAACCAUCCGGAACCGCGAGGCCACCGGCCCUGGGGGACCCCCCCCCCGCCCGGAGAGCCCCGGGGACGUCCCAGGGGGGUCCCCAAGAGCAGGGGACAGACGAGGACGGAGCACCGGAGCGGGACGGGCCGGACACCGGGGUCCCCGAGGGCGGGGGGCUGGAUGUCCCCCGGGGACAGGGACACUUGGGGACAGCUGCCAGCGGUGCCCAGGAGGCGGCCGAGCCCACGGGGACAGAGAGGAUCAACCCCGAACCCCAAGAUCCGGGGGGUCCCCCAGGCCCGGGGGCCAGGGGGGGCCGGGGGGAGCCGUGGCCGAGCCCCCGGAGCCGGACGUGGCCCCAGGUGACCCCCAGGGACCGGGGCCGUUUGUCACCGGGGCCUGGGGACAGGAGGGACCCCCGGGAGCGGAGGCCGUGCCCCCCGCCCCUCCCGGGGGUCUCCCGUUCCCGCUGGGGCUCUGUCCCCGCCUGCGCAGCCCCCGCAAGGGGUGGGGGCGGCGCCUCAAGAGCUGGGCCCGGCGCCUGCGCCCCCCCGCCGGGGGGGGGGACCCCCACACAGAGGAGCCCGAGGAACUCGGGGACCCCCCAAGGCGAGGGCGCUGCCAGCCCCCCCCCGAGCCCGAGGGGGACUGGGGGGACCCCAGCUCGGGCAGCGAGAGCGGGGGCUUGGGGGGACCCCCGCACCCCCCCGGGGCCCCCCUGCUCGGGCCGGGGUCCCCCGAGACCCCCCUGAGCAGCGAUGGGGACUCGGAGCCCGAGGACGAGGCCCUGCGGGAGCAGCUGCGGCGGCUGCGGGAAAAGCACAUCCAGGAGGUUCUGGAGCUGCGGGCGCGGCAGGACCGGGAGCUGCGGGAGCUGCACCGGAGGCUCCGAGCCCUCAAAGAGGCCCGGGGGGACCCCCCGAAAUGGGGAGGGGGCGGCGGGACCCCCCCCCAGCGCGGCCUCGGGGGGUCCCCAAGGCGGCCCAGGGGGGGGCUCUUCACCGACGACCUGCACCGGCUGGUGGACGAGUGGGUCCAGGACACGGCGCGGGCCCAGGCCACCUCCUCGUGGGUCUCCACCCUGCGCGGCGCCCGCGGGACCCCCCGAAAAUGGGGGGAGCUGCCCCCCCCCAAACCCGCCCUGCGUGGGGGGGGCAGCCCCCUCCCCCCGGGGGCCGAAUGA